CGGCUCGAAAAGGAGGAUCCGGUCGAAGUACUUGUGGUCGACAACAAAGUGGUUCGCGAGACACAGAUCUCUAAGAUUAAUCAAAUCAAAGCAACUCGUGAUUCAAAUCGAGUCAAUCAGUGUUUGGAAGAGUUGACAACAGCUUCAGAAAGUGAUGGCAAUGUUUUAGCCAAAGCUAUUGAAUGCGCCAAAAGUAGGGCAACUUUAGGAGAGAUAUCAAUGGCAAUGGAAAAGGCUUUUGGCAGAUAUGUAGCCGCAGACCGACUCGUGAGCGGCGCUUACUUUUCAGCUUACAGUCAAUUAGACGAAUUGAAAGCAAUUCAGAGAAAAAUCAAGGAAUUCGAAGAGUUUGAAGGAAGACGGCCUCGCAUUCUGGUGGCAAAGAUGGGUCAGGACGGCCACGACAGGGGCGCCAAAGUGAUCGCCACCGGCUUCGCUGACGUCGGCUUUGAUGUCGAUUUGGGGCCACUCUUUCAAACACCCGAAGAAGUGGCUCAACAGGCGAUUGAUGCGGACGUUCACUGCGUUGGGGUCAGCAGUCAGGCGGCCGGACACCGAACGCUCGUUCCUAUGCUUUCAGAGGCGCUCACAAAGAUGGGCCGACCGGAAAUAAAAAUAGUGGUCGGAGGGGUCAUACCUCCACAGGACUACCAAUUUCUCUACGACAAGGGCGCCGCUGCUAUUUUUGGCCCCGGAACUCGUAUUCCUGUGGCAGCACUCCAUGUCCUCGAAGUGAUUCAAAAGGAUUUAAAUGAAAGACAGAGUCAGAAGAACUGAUCAAUGGUUGUGUUUGACAUUUAAAACUAUUGAUUACUUACUGUCAUUUUCUGAUGGAUUAACAUAAUGUCUGAAGUGAUGACUGCAAUGCAAUAUUCCCGAUAAGAGCCGUUGAUUCAAAUGGUUUGCCAAAUGUAGUCAUUAAUUAAAUGUAGCGAUAAUUUUUCUACCCGUAUAUCUAGCAUUACAUGUACCGUCAGAUUUGUAUUACCGGUAAUCCUUUUUAAUUCUAUUACGAG